CCAUAUAUGGCUAAAAAACGAAAGGUAACGGACGCGGAGGAAGAUGACAAUGAUAACGAAUAUAAUCCGUUUAUAUUUAAUCAAAAUGAAGUCUCAGAUGAUAUCUUAUGGAUUCCUGAUGAUGAGAUGGAAUCACCAUGGCUAAGGUUAGAGGAGAUAAUCAUGACGGAGUAUGAAGAUAAGAACAGAGGUAAAGAGAUUUUUUUUUCAGAUCCAGUGAUAGUAGGGCCCAAAGAGUCAUUACUAGCUCUUUUAUCGGAUGAUAGUGGAAUAAAUACAGAUCAAGAAGGAAAGAGCGAACGGUGUAUACAAGUUAAUGUCAGCAAUUUCAAGGAUCUGGUAAUAAACCUGGUUAAAGAUUGUCAUGUUACGCAGAGAUAUAAAGUGGCUAUCGAAAGUGGGCAGGAAGCUCCAAUUGUGAAGAAUUGGGGACUCGCUGAGAUGAAUUAUGAAAAUUUUACAGAGCUGUUGCAACCGGAACAGAAAGGUACAGUAAGAAUAACGAAAAUUGCUCUAAGUCCGGCAAAAGUGAAUAGGUUAACUGAGAAAAAUAUUGAAAGAAAGCGAUCGGUGGCAUUUGCGAAGGAUAUAAUUCGCGGUUUGGCUUUGAAUGAGCUGGCAAAAAUGCUGCAGCUCGACUAUGGAGUGACAGAUGUGAUGAAUGAAAAGGAGAAAAAAGCAUUAAAAAAUAAAUUUACACACUGCAGCCGUCGCGAUAGGAGUAAAGGGGGUGCAGGAGCAAAACUUGAAGAAGAGUUUUUAAAUUCUCAUAAAGCAUUAAACAAGUUCAGCGACUAUAAAGAAAUCGAUGAAUACUUUGAGGGAAUCUCGAUAUUUAUUUUCGGUUGUGAUGGAUAUCUUAAGUAUGUUAGUAAAACACUCUGUGAGGAGUCUGUUUAUUUCUAUGUCAAUGGCGAAGAUGAAUUUUUCUUAAUAAGAAACGUAAAAGGCUUUUGCCGCAUAGAUUAAUCUAUUAUGGUCAUGGUUUUACUUUGGGAUAGCUUUUAUCUUAUUUUGAAAAUUGUAUUUUCGUAUUAGUAUCCUAUCUUUUUUAUGUAAAGUAUUCUUUUAAAAGAUUUGUCUUGAUUGAUGUCACUAUGAAAACCGUCAUGAUCCGACAAAUUUAGUCCAUGUCACAGAAAUAUUGUUUUUAUAUUAAAGUUUAUGAUCGUGCU